CGAAAGAACGUGCCGUAAGGUGAACAUUGACCCGAAGGCGACCUCUUCUCCUCUCCCCCUCCCUCGCUGUGAAGAUGGCGCUUUCCAGGGCGUUAUGGGCUCGGGCCGCUGUGUGGGGGUCGGCGGUCACCCCUGGACUUUAUGUCACCCGGAGGCUGCAACUUGGUCGCUCUGGCCUGGCCGGGGGGCCCCCUCGGUCUGCAAAGCUUCACCUUUCUCCAAGGGCAGAGAUGAAGAACUUGAUCUCUUAUGUGGUGACAAAGACAAAAGUGAUUAAUGGGAAAUACCAUCGUUUCUUGGGUCGUCAUUUCCCCCGCUUCUAUGUCCUGUACACAAUCUUCAUGAAAGGAUUGCAGAUGUUAUGGGCUGAUGCCAAAAAGGCUAGAAGAAUAAAGACAAAUAUGUGGAAGCACAAUAUAAAGUUUCAUCAACUUUCAUACCGGGAGAUGGAGCAUUUGAGACAGUUCCGUCGAGACGUCACCAAGUGUCUUUUCCUAGGUAUUAUUUCCAUUCCACCCUUUGCCAACUACCUGGUCUUCUUGCUAAUGUACCUGUUUCCUAGGCAACUUCUGAUCCGACAUUUCUGGACCCCAAAGCAACAAAUUGAUUUCUUAGAUAUCUAUCAUGCUCUCCGAAAGCAGUCCCACCCAGAAAUCCUUUAUUAUUUAGAAAGGGUUAUCCCUCUCAUUUCUGAUGCAGGACUCCGGUGGCAUAUGACAGAGCUGUGCACCAAGAUACAGCAUGGUACCCACCCAGCAAUACAUGAUAUCCUGGCUCUGAGAAACUGUUUCUCUAACUAUCCUCUGGGCAUGAACCAACUCCAUGCUUGGCAAAUGAAAGCCUUGAGUCGAGCCAUGCUUCUCACACCUUAUCUGCCUCCUCUCUUGUUGAGACACCGUUUAAAGACUCAUACCACUGUGAUUCACCAACUGGACAAGGCUUUGGCAAAGCUAGGGAUUGGCCAGCUGACUGCUCAGGAAGUAAAAUCGGCUUGUUAUCUUCGUGGCCUGAAUUCUACCCACGUUGCCGAAGAGAGGUGUCGAACUUGGCUGGGAGAAUGGCUGCAGAUUUCCUGCAGCCUGAAAGAAGCUGAGCUGUCCCUUUUGCUACACAACGUGGUCCUGCUUUCCACCAACUACAUUGGGACAAGGCGCUGAGUGGACAUGGAGCGGAUGGCAUUGUCCUGCAGUCACAUAGUACAGCAGCGUGGGACCAAACAGCACUUGUCAGCAAAAGUGUGUGCACUGUUAGGUGUGUGGGAGGCAGAGGAGCAGGUGCCACAGGCUUCACAGUGUGGUACCCACGUGGGAGCCGGAACUGAAACAAACCCUGUUCCCAGGGGUGGCCCAUGUGAGGUGUCACCCCAGCUUCCUCAGAAUUAGCUGGAGCUGGCAGCAGCCUCUGUACUGAGCACUUACUGUGAUGUUUUAAGUUCAGAUCCCAGGAAGUGAGCCUUUGCCCCAGGUGGGAAUCCUUAUUUGGCUUAGGACUUAUCCACUGCCGUAUUCUUUACAGCCACAUUUUUGUGAAAGACAGUGUCUGGCUUGUAAGGGGAAAGGACUCGUUAAACUGGCACAUUUACGUCCAUGCAACUGCUUUGAUGCUCCUCUUUUGGUUUGAUCUGACCAAAAAUAGGGAUUUUUUUUUUUGUCCUCCUCACUGAGCUAACCACUCUCUUUGAACGCUUUUUUUUUUUUUUUAGUGAAUAACUUAUGGGAACAUUCUCAUGGAAUAGAUAAACGGAAAUACAAGCGCUUCUUGACCCCUUCCCAAUGUUUACAGGUUCACUCCCCUUGUCUUAAUUUCUGGGCUGUGCUACAGCCCCUGUGAAUCUUAAACUCUUUGCUACCUCCACUGUGUUGCAGCAAUCCAACUGUAACUGAUAGUGGCUGCCUUCUUUGGGCCCUGGAUCCAACCUGUAAGGUACUAAUUACUGCCCAGCCCUGGAGACCAGGAGAGGUCUGCAUCGAGAUAGUAAGUUGGGUUUAGCUUUUGUCUGUGUAUAUCAGUGACCCGUAGUAAUUUAUUGUAAAUGCAUGAAGCACUGUUUUUGAACCCAAGUAAAGACUGCCUGAAACCAGUUGCUGGAAA